UACUUCUUCGUUAAAGAGAAGAGUGACGAAUCGUCACCGCCUCGUCUUCUUCUCCUCGUCUGCUCUCGAUUCGAUAAAUUCCUUCUCUUUGCCCCUCUCGUGCCUGUUCUUAUCCUCUUUAUCUUCUUCUUGUUUCUUGUCCUAAUACUUCGAUUUCCGGCCUGCGCUCUCGGUUUGGAGGUUGCAAUUCUAGUUUUCACUGAUUAAGUUAGAUAAAGAUUAGUUUGGGGGAAAAUGGUAGGUAACUGGCGGAAUCACUCCAAUUUGCGGUCUUUCCUCAGUCGCACAACGCCGGCGGUUCCUGUUUACACUCUCCCGAAGACGGGUUCGCAGGAUCUAUACUGGCAGCCUAUCCUGCAAAGCAAGGUUGAGUAUUUCAAUCUUGUGGACCUCUGGGAUCAAUAUAGUGAGUGGAGUGCUUAUGGCCUUGGAGUACCUAUCAUUCUUGAUAAUUGUGAUAGUGUAGUCCAGUAUUAUGUUCCUUUCCUCUCCGCGAUCCAAAUUUACAGCAGCAAAUCUCAUGCUCUUAUGAGUAGCACAUUGGAAGAUAAUGAAAGGGAAUCAUUCAGCGAUGAUAGUGAGAGUGAGAAAUUGUCCAGAUCAUCCGACGCUGUGUCAGAUGACUCUCUCUCUGACCAGGAGGUUUCAUUGUCAACAAGACACCUCUUGGGGCAAUUGUACUUGCACUAUAUCGAAUAUGGUUCUCCUUAUGGGAGGAUACCUCUUGUCGACAAGGUUAACGAACUAGCACAGAUGUAUCCUGGUUUGAGAACACUAAGAAAUGUGGACAUCUCACCUGCUAGCUGGAUGUCAGUUGCUUGGUACCCUAUCUACCACAUUCCAUCUUCUAGGAAUGUGAAGGAUCUGUCUGCAUGCUUCUUAACUUAUCAUAUUAUGUCUGCAUCAUUCCGAGAGAAUAUUGUACCAGAGGAAAUGGUUGAGGAAUCUUGUUCUACAAAUGUAAGCAAUGUGAUGCAGAAAAAGGAGGGGGACAACAGCAUAUCACUCUUGCCGUUCGGUCUUGCCACAUACAAGUUACAGGGUGGCCUGUGGAUGAACCAUGGAAUCGCAGAUAGUGAACUGAUGAGCACCUUGUACAAUGCUGCACAUUGUAGGCUGAAACAGCUUGGAGUUGAACACCAUGACUUUGACUUCUUCACCACUCACUGAAUGCAAAUCAUGUCCUUGUUUUCCAGGGUUGUUCCACAUGCAACCAUAAACCCUGCUGAAAGUUGAGUUCUCUUUGGCAUUUCUGACACCCGGUUCAGGCAGUGGUUAUGUUGUUUUAUUUUGCUUUUGGAAAGCCACUGUGAGUGACAUGCCUGCUUCACUUUUCUAUCUUUGAGCUCUUGUGUUUUUUCAGUUUUCCUGUUACUGAUGUAUAUUAGUUGUCAAAUUUUAGUGUAUUUUUAGUUUAGUUUCCUGUAA